AUGAAGUAUCACUUGGUGAUAAGAUUCACAAGUACUACUGCCUCUAGCAAGCAGCUAAAAGACUUGGAACUUCCAUUAGUAAUAAAUACAGAAAAAGAUGAUGUGAAUAAAUUAGUCAGUGUUCGCUGGCUAAAAUCGACGAUAAGAAGUGACGUACCCGAGUGCCAGAGUAAGCGUUUAAGGCUCAUAUAUAACGGCAGAAUAUUGAAUGAGAAUACAGACUUCAAAAGUGAAGUUUUUGACCCGAAGACCAAGCAAUUGAAUAGCGAUAACCAAACUCAAGAAGAGAAGAUAUACAUACAUUGUCUAGUGGGGGAAGAGCUUGCAAAGGAUCAGUUAGCAAAGGAAAACCAAUUAGACAAUAAACCUCAAGAAGUGUCAACUAACCCUGAAGUCACUGGAUUCGAUCGCUUGCUACAGCAGGGAUUUUCGCAAGAUGAUGUGAAUGACUUGAGGAGGCAAUUUCAUCUGAUUUACAAUCCAAAUGAACCUACUAGUUCCGAUGCUGACCAAAUCAUGAACCUUGAAGAAGAGGAGCAAAGGGAGAAUACUGCUCGGCAGUUAGAAGAGAGAUGGAUAGAAUCUACGAUGUCGGGAACCCCGAAUAGACAGGAGCCUCCAAAUGCUGCCACUGAGGAAAGAGAGGACGGCACUCCUCAGCCCCUGGUAGAUUUGGACGAUGCAAACGCAAAUGAAGAUUUGUUGAUAGGCUUACUUGUGGGGAUAUUUUUGGGUGUCGUCAGUCUCAUAUUCCUUGUUGCAGAUGACACAAUUUUUAACAAAAGGCAAAGAAUGUCCAUCAUCGCCGGAGUAUUUAUCAACUUCUCCUUUGCUAUUGUAAGAGGCUUGCAGAUGUGA